AUGGCUUCACGAUCAGAAGCUCCCGAUAUCAAUAUCGAAGCUGAGUAUUGUCCGGAAGCUGUGAUUGAAUGGUAUAAUUUAACAAAAGAUCGAGAAAAAAUUAGUGGUAGAAAGGAUUUGAGUUUGAAAGCAAAACAACAUCUUGUUUUCUUGGGCUGGAACCUUUGGUAUAUCGACAAAAAAUGUAGAUGGGAAAUGCGUUAUACUUCUCCUACGAAUGGAAAACAUUAUACCACUCUUAAGAAUGCGUGUGAAAGUUGUAUUAAAGAUGGAAGUUGUUCCAUCAAGUCUCCGGUGAAGUCUCUGGUGAAGUCAAAGAAGCGACUGAGAGAUUCUAAAGAAUCCGAUCAAUCAAGUUCGAGUUCGAGUUCUGAUGAUGAAUCUGAAGUUAGUGACACUGUAACUCCAACUUCAAAGGAAAAUGAGAAGUGUUCGAAUCAAUGUGAAUCGGAAGUUACUAAUUCUAUGCAUAGUGGUAAAAUAGGAAAGGUAUUAAAGAUGAGUACAAUGCAGAAGAAGUCAGAGGUUUCUGAUAGGAAAAGGUGUUCACUUCUUUAUUGGUUGAUAGAGAAUCGAGUUUUGGCUUCGGGGACUAGUGUGUUAUGUCGCGGUGGUAAAGAUAUCGUCAAAAAAGGGAAUAUAUUUCGUGAUGGUAUAGUUUGUGAUUGUUGUCGUGAUAAUUUUACUAUGACUGCAUUUGAGGCGCAUGCUUGUUGUACAAGACAUAGACCAUCUACUAGUAUUUUGUUGGAAGACGGGAGGUCGUUGUUGGAAUGUCAAAGGGAAGCUCUGAGUUCGCGUGGUGAAAAGGGGAGUCAUGUUGUUGGCGAAGAAAAGAUGGAAAGAUAUAAUGAUGUUGUAUGUUUGGUUUGUGGUUUAGGAGGUGACAUUAUACUAUGUGAUCGAUGUCCUUCUUCGUUUCACCUAGGUUGUUUAGGUCUUGAUCGAGUUCCGGAUGGUGAUUGGUUUUGUCCAACUUGUUGUUGCAAAAUAUGUCAUCAACCCAAAUGCAAACAAGAAUGUGAAGAUCAAAAGGGUAAUGACAUUGUUAUUAUUUGUGCUCAAUGUGAGCAAGAGUUUCACUUCGGAUGCUUAAAGUCUAUAGGGUUUGGUGAUGUGGAGAGCAAUGGUAAAAAGAAGAAUUGGUUUUGUAGCGUAGUUUGCGGGAAAAUGUUUUUAUGUCUAAAAAGUAUGAUAGGUAAACCAAUCAAGCUUGCAAAUAAUCUAACUUGGACAUUGUUUAAGAAUGUGAGUAGUAGUGGCGAUGAUGAUGGAGAUUUUAGUUCGGAUGAGUUAAGUCAAAAUGAGAGUAAGUUGAAUUCGAUUCUUGGUGUAUUGCACGAGAGUUUUGACCGGAUUGUUGAUGUUAUAACCAAAAGAGAAUUGAUUGAAGAUGUUGUUUUUAGUCGAUACUCAGAAUAUAAUCGUUGUAAUUUCCGUGGUUUCUAUAAUGUGAUUUUAGAGAAAAUGGGUGAAGUGAUUUCGGUGGCAAAUAUAAGAAUUUAUGGUCCAAAAGUUGCGGAAAUAGUUUUUGUGGCUACCAAAGAACAAUAUCGAAGACAAGGAAUGUGUGGGUUGUUGAUGGAUGAGCUUGAGAAACACUUGAUUGACUUAGAAAUAAGGAGCUUGGUUUUGCAUUCCUCUAAAAGUACUAUAAACACAUGGACGAAAUCGUUUGGGUUUGCGAUAAUGACUGCUAAUGACAAAUAUCAAUUUGUUAAUCAUACUCUUUUAGAAUUUAAGAAUACUAUCAUGUGUCUUAAAUCACUUAAUAGACGAAUAUGA